AUGGAACAGGAGCCGGCCGGAACGCCGACGGGACAGGACUCGGCCGGAACUGCUGAACCAGGAGUCGGCCGGGAGCUGCUCAACCAGGAGUCGGUGAAGGUGAUUCCCACCACAGACGGACAGACAGUAGCACUGAUAUGUAGCAGCAGCUGUCCUCUGACUGAAGAGCCUGCAGUCUACAUCUGGUACCAGAACAGAGAGGUCCUCUAUCAGGACUGGUCUCCCUGGUACCAACAGCUGGUCAGCAGUGAGGAAGCAGUCAGAUACUCCUGUGCUAUCAAAGGCUACGAGGACCUCAGAGCCCCUGAAGUCUCAGUGGAUUCUGUCACACGGAGCUGCUUUAAGGUGACCUAUGCUAAAGGGACAAUGUGUUCUAAUAAGCAGACAUCAGAGGAGGAGCCCUGCUCCAUCACAUAUCCAACAGAAUUACAUGUUCAAAGGAGUCCUACAGCCAACCCAAACUAUGUCACACUGACCUGUAACACCAGCUGUCCUCUAACUGACUUUACAUGGUAUCUGAGCAGACGUAGAGUUAAAUAUCAUCAUGAACAACAGAUGGAAGUUUACUUCUAUUCUGCUGAAAGUUUCUCCUGUGCUGUAAAAGGCCUGGAGGAUCUGCACUCUGCUGAAGUCUGUGUUUAUGAUCAGAACUGUUGGAGUGUGAAUUAUGUCAGCAGGAGAAUCUGUGCUCUGGAAGGUUCUUCAGUCAACAUCUCUAGUGAAUAUUCUUAUCCCAACUAUCAACCAACGUCUAAAUUAUGGUUUAAAAUAAAGAGGAGAGUGAAGGAAGACGUUAAAGAGCCACUUAAAGCUGAAGGUGGUGUGAAGUAUCAUGACAACAUGAAGAACCAACACAUCCUGACAAUCAGUAACCUGAAGAAGGAUGACUCAGCAGAAUACACAUUCACACUCCAAGAUGACCAUAGAUGGGUACGGUCUGAUUCACCUGGAGUCACUCUGGUUGUCACAGGCCUGAAAGUGGAGUUGAGUCCUUCUGCAGUGGUGACAGAGGACCAGAGAGUCACACUGACCUGCAGUACCAGCUGUCCUCUGACUGACAACACAAACUACAUCUGGUUCUUCAACAGUCGACCUCUGACCCCGACAGAGAACCACAACAAACACCUGGUUCUGGACCCGGUCAGCAGUCAGCAUGCAGGAAACUACUCCUGUGCUGUCAGAAGCCACAACAACAUCAGCUCUCAUGUAAAGACUCUCACUGUCCAGAGUAAAAGAGGACAAUGGACACCAGCAGCAGCUGCAGGAGUCCGUGCUGCUCUCCUGGUUAUAAUACCCCUCUCUGUCUUCUGCUGGAUCAGAAAGAAGAGGACUUCAGGUCAACCUCCAACAACUGAAACCUCAGUCCACAUGGAGCAGAUUAGAAUCAUCUGGUCUACAGCAGAGUCCGGCCACAUCCAGAUCCAGAACCGGAUCAUGUGCUCUACGCUGCUGUGA